GAAAAAUACUAAAAUCUUGCAUUACUAUGGCCAUUGAAGAUUUCUACUCCAACAGAAGCUACAACACAAUGAUAGAGCCUCAUUUUAGGGAUUCAAAAACUGAUGUUGUUGCUGCAACAUCUGCAGCAAUAGAUCUGCUGAAGAACACUCAAGUAAUGGCGAUUUUCGGGCCACAAACCUCCAUUCAAGCCGACUUCGUCAUCGACAUUUCCAACAAAGUGAAAGUCCCAAUAAUCUCACCAGCAACAAGCCCAUCUCUCUCCCCUCAAGAAUCGCCAUACUUCAUCAGAUCAUCAUGGUCCGCUUCUUCCCAAGCCAAAGCAGUUGCUGCAAUCGUCAAGAAUUUCGGUUGGAGAGAGGUCGUGUUAGUCCACGAAGACACUGUUCAUAAGAUCGGAUUAUUACCAUUCUUCACUCAGUAUUUGUCGGAAGGCGGCAGCUUUGUCUCAAACAUGACUGCAAUCUCUCCUUCUGCUGACAAGGAUGACAUUCUUGAAAAAUUGAAAGAGCUGAGGGAGAUGCAGACGCGGGUUUUCGUCGUCCACAUGUCGCAGUCCCUCGCGUCGCGUUUCUUCAAAUUGGCGUGGGGAGCUGGGAUGAUGGAGGAGGGGUAUGUUUGGAUUGUGUCCGGUUUGAUCACCGGGUUGUUGGAUUGGGAGAGUAUCGAGGCGAUGCAGGGCGUGGUUGGGGUGAGGGCGUAUUUUCCGAGGUCUAGUGAGGUUAGGGGGUUCGAGACGAGAUGGAGGAAGAGGUUUUACGAGGAGAAUCCAGAGUUUGAAAUACCGGAGCUGAGUGUUUUUGGUUUGUGGGCUUAUGACAGCAUGGUUGCUUUAGCGGAAGCAGUAGAAGGUGUCGAUGUGACAUAUCCACUUUUUGAAAGAGGGGUAUUAUUGGGAAAUGGGACAGAUUUGGAAGAAAUUGGGAUUUCCAAUAAUGGGCCUAAGCUAGCUCCUUUGAUGAGGAACUACAUGUCAAAAGGGCUGAGUGGCGAUUUCAUGACUGAAAAUGGGGAGCUGCAGCCGUCUGUGUUUGAGAUUGUGAAUGUUUUAGGCAAUGGACCAUACACGGUCGGAUUCUGGAGGGAGGGUCGUGGGAUCUCGAAGAGACUGGGAGGAGACGAUGGUGGUGGUGAUCCUGGGAGGAGGCUUGGAGCCGUGGUGUGGCCGGGGCAAACGAGCGAGGUGCCUCGGGGAUGGGAUGUGAAUGGGUUGGGAAAGAAGUUGAAAGUGGGGGUUCCUUUGAAGGGUAGAACUCGUGGGCUUAUUAGUGCUGAAGUAGAUGAAAAGACAAAAAAGGUUAAACCAAGUGGCUUUUGCAUUGAUGUUUUCGAAGAAGUCAUGAGAUCGAUGCCCUACGUUGAAUACGAGUAUGUUGCCUUCGACGACAGAAAUAGCACCGGAUUUGACUACGAUGGCCUUAUCGAACAAGUAUUCCUCAAGGUAAAUUUAGGAGUUUAUAGACCAAAUGAGCUCUUUCAUAUAAGAUGCUACCUUUUUGGGAUGAAAUUUGAUGUAGUGGUAGCAGGCAUAACCAUGUCAGCAAACAGAUCAAAAUAUGUUGAUUUCACCAUUCCUUACAUAGAAUCCGGAGCUUCAGCGGUUGUCCCAAUCGUGGACGACAAGAAUGCUUGGAUUUUCAUGAAACCUCUCACGACGGGCCUCUGGUUGACCAUUGGGGCAUAUUUCAUCUUCACUGGCUUUGUCGUUUGGGCUCUCGAGCAUCGUUUAAACGACGAGUUCCGAGGUCCUCCCCUACAACAAGUCGGGAUGAUUUUCUGGUUCUCUUUCUCGACGCUCGUUUUUGCACAUAAGGAGAAAGUGAAGAGCAAUUUGUCGAGAUUCGUGGUGAUUGUGUGGCUGUUCGCGGUGCUCGUUCUGACAUCGAGCUACACUGCGAGCCUGACAUCGAUGCUGACGGUGCAGCAGCUCGAUCCGGCCGACAUCCACGAUCUAACUAGGAAAGGGGAAUACAUUGGCUAUAAAGAAGGGCCUUUCAUUAGAUCAGUUUUGGAAGGUAUUAAAUCAGACAAGUCCAAGUUCAAAAACUACACCUCGUUCGAAGAUUACAAUGAAGGCCUCACAUUGGGUUGGAAAGGAGGAGUUGGUGCAAUUGUUGAUAAUCUGCCUUCUAAUAGGCUAUUUCUCAAGAAAUAUUGCCAUAAUUACACCAUGAUCGGCCCAACCUAUCGGAAAUCGGGGAUUGGAUUUGCAUUUCAAAAGGGUUCGCCACUAGCCCCGGAUGUCUCAAGAGCAAUCUUGGAAAUGAAAGAGAAUGGGAAAAUGGAUGAAAUUUCCGACAAGUGGUUCGGACAAGUGAACUGCGGCUGCCGGAAUGGAACUACCGUCGCCGGAAAACGCCUCGAUCUCGUUCAUUUCAAGGGCCUCUUUCUGAUUUCCGGGCUUUCUUCACUAUCAGCCCUGAUCAUAUCUUUGCUCAUCUUCAUCUACAAGAAUCGGAGUGUUCUAACAGCUCGUGGCCCGAUCAAGCGGAAGCUGUCUGAUCUUGCCGGAGCUUUUGAUCGAGAGAGAGAGGAUAAAUCGUCGAAGGAAUCAAGAACUAGCUUUGAAGAAAGGGUUGUUGAAGAAGGAAGGAUUUCUCAAGAUGUUGAAUUGUCAACAAUAGAAUUAGUGGUAGUUAAUAAUACAAUUUACUUGGAUCACCAAUCGACCGGCUUCAAUUCAUCCGCUGCUAAAGCUGAUGUAGGAGUGAUUCUUGAUCUUGACACUCCUCUUGGAAAGGUAUGUAGGACUUGCAUCUCGAUGGCAGUCGAAGAUUUCUACGCCAACCGCAAUCACACCACCAUGAUUGUGCCUCAUUUCCGGGAUUCAAAGGGCGAUGUUAUCCCUACAGCUUAUGAAGCUAUAGAUCUAUUGAAGAACACUCAAGUGAUGGCGAUCUUCGGGCCACAAAACUCGAAUCAAGCCGACUUCGUGAUAAAUAUGGGCGACAGAGCAAAUAUUCCAAUCAUUUCACCAGCAAUGAGUCCAUCUCUUUCGCCUCAAGAUUCACCCUUCUUCAUAAGAACAGCAUGGCCUUCCUUUUCUCAUUCCAAAGCAAUCGCAGCAAUCGUAAAAAAAUAUAAUUGGUUGAAGGUCGUUUUCGUCUACGAGGAUUCGGGUUUUGGGAGGGGUUUAGUCCCGUUCUUGGACAAACAUAUGCUCGAGAGCAAUGCUUAUGUCUCUUACCAAACUGCUAUUUGCCCUACAUCCACUGAUGAUCUAAUCGCUCGCGAGUUAGACAAGUUGAAGAAGAUGCAGACGAGGGUGUUCGUCGUGGAUAUGCUUCCGGUUCUCGCGUCCCGGUUCUUCAAGUUGGCGAAAUCAGACGGGAUGAUGGAGGAAGGAUAUGCUUGGAUCCUUUCCGAUCCGCUGGCCAGUCUCUUGGAUUUGAUGGAUUCGAAGACUAUUGAGGCGAUGCAAGGCGUACUAGGCGUGAGGGCCCGCGUCCCAGAAUCCGAAGAAGUUACAAACUUCACGAAGAGAUAUAACAAGAGGUUUCGCGAUGAUAAUCCGAAAAUGGAGGUAGUAGUAAAGCCAAAUAUUUUCGGCCUCUGGGCUUAUGACAGCGCGACGGCUAUCGCGGAUUCAAUCGAACGAGUUGGCUUGACAUCUCCGCGAUUCAACAGAGGAAAUUCCACUGAUUUGGAGACGAUAGGAACAUCAAGCACAGGACCUUUACUCAUUGGUUUGAUGAAAAACCACUCGUCGAAAGGGUUGAGUAGCGAUUUCAACGUAAGCAACGGACAACUGCAGCCGUCUGCGUUUGAGAUAGUGAAUGUACACGGGGAAGGUGAAAUCAUUGUCGGGUUCUGGUCUGAAAAAUGCGGGAUUUGGAAGCCGGGAGAUAAGGAAGAUGGUUGCUCAAGGAACACGGAAAACCUUGAUCUCGUUGUGUGGCCGGGGAAGACGAGUGAUGCGCCAAAAGGGUGGGAGUUUCCGACAAAUGGGACGAAGUUGAGGGUUGGAAUUCCGGCAAAAGGAGGGUUCGUUGAAUUCAUUGGUGUUGCGAAAGAUGUUUUCCAGGAGGUAUGGAAUAAGACGCCCUAUGCCACGUCUAUCAAAUAUGUCGACGAAUGCAAUGGUGGUGAUUAUGAUGAUUGUGUCAAGAAGUUGGAUGCUAAGAAAAUUGAUGUAGUGGUGGGAGAUGUGACUAUCACCAAGGAAAGAUUUCAUUCUCCACCAUUGUUUUUGCACACAUGUCAAUUAGUUCCCCUCAUUAUGACAGGGGAGAGAGUGAGCAGCAACUUGACAAAAUUCGUUUUGAUUGUCUGGAUGCUCGUGGUGCUGGUUUUGUCGUCGAGUUACACUGCGAACUUGACGUCCAUGCUAACAAUGGAGCAACUGAAUCCAGAUAUCAAAGCUAAAGAUUGUGUUGGUUACCAGAAUGGCUCCUUUGUUGGUGAUUUCUUGAUGAAGGAAAUGAAGUUUGACAAGUCCAAGCUUAUGAUCUACAGCUCGUGGGAACAAUUCGAUGAAGCCCUCUCCAAAGGUUGCUGCAAUGGAGGAGUUGAUGCAAUCUAUGAUGAAAUGCCUUACAUUAAUCUCUUUCUUUCCAGAUCGAAAAACUCCCACAAGUAUAAAAUGUUUGGUCCGAUCCAUCCGAGUUCUGGCUUUGGAUUUGCAUUUACAAAGGGUUCGCCACUAGUUUCGGAUGUUUCAAGAGGGAUCAUUAAGCUGAUAGCAGACAAGGAAUAUUUGAGAAUCUCGGAGAAAUGGGUUGGGCAAGCUGGUAAUGGAACUCGGACCUCUCACAAUAGCCUCGAUGUAGCUAGCUUUGGGGGGCUCUUCCUCAUUGCAGGGCUGUCAUCGAUACUAGCUUUGCUUAUAUUCUCCUUCAAUUUCUUGCGUGAGAAUCGGGUUUUGUUGGCAUCUACUGAUUCGACCAUGGAAAAGCUUCGUGGACUUGCUAGAGCGUUUGUGAUGGGAAAAGACAAGCCGUUGUCGCCAAAUACAUCGACAUCAAGACAAGUUUGGAGGUGGUGGAGGAGGAGGAUCAAGUGCAGCUAUGGGCAUUCCAUGUGA